GAUGACUCAAUGUUCAUUUUGUAUCGUAUUUGACUGCGAUGGUGUGCUUGUCAACUCGGAACCUUGGUCUUGUGAAUCUCUUCGGCAAGCAAUUCUCAAAGCUACAGGCGUUGAUAUUCCUCAUCAGUUUCCUGAAGACUUUUAUGAGGUCUUUGGUUUAUCCGUUUAUUCUUCCGUAGAACACUACGUAAAGAAAGGCUUCUUACCUGCAGACACAAAUAUAGACUGGGUCUCUAGAAAGGUGGACGAACAUAAGGAUGCAAUCUAUCAAGAACUAGCGAGAGGAAAGUUAUCAACUUUCCCUGGGUUAAAAGCUCUUCUUCAAGAAGCGUCCGUGAGUAAUAUUCAUUUGGGUGUUGGCUCUUCUGGAACACCGGAAAAGAUUGAAUUCAAUCUGAGAGAAGCAGGUAUCCUUUCUUAUUUCAAAAAGGAAUAUAUAGUGAGUUCUACCCAAGUUGCCAAAGGAAAGCCUGCUCCCGAUGUGUAUUUGGAAGUGUUGAAGCGUAUAAAUUGUCCUCCUGAACAGUCGGUAGUUAUCGAAGAUGCUUGUGCAGGACUUUUAGCUGCCAAAAAUGCUGGUGCUUGUGCUAUAGGAAUAGCUACAAGUUUACCUCGUGAAGUGUUGGAACCUUUUGCAGAUAUUGUAUUCGAUAGUUUUGAAGAAAUGUCACCUAAUCUACUUGAAAGAAUAGCCAAGGAAAGGUAUUUAUCCAAAGUUCGAUAGUUAUUGGAAGAACGAUAGUCUCAGUUGCUACAGUUGCCAAUCCACAAGAGGGUUUUGGGAGUGACGGUUAUCAGUAUACAAAACAGAAUAUAAACGAUUCUCUUUCCAACAUUGAUUACUGAAUAGGAUUAUA